AUGAUACAGGUGCGUCAUGUGACUGUCCUCGUGACUGCACCUUCAAGCAGUGGGACCAAUCAAAAUGCCUCAAUUCCUGACCAGUUUUCGCUCCGCGAUUUUGGCCGAGAGCUCCCGACCACUUUUGAUUCAACCCAAGACUACUCCAACCGCAGCACAAAACCAAUUGGCCUUUGUUGGUUUUCCAGUUCAUACACCAUGGGUAUCUGGGACGCAUUUUCCGAAAUUGUCGAGGCCGUGACGCCUUGGAGCGUCGUCGAGGCUGAGGCCCCUGCCGCGGCUCCUCAGGAGGAGGAACCCGUCGAGGAGGCCAAGGAAGAGACCAACGAGGAGGGCAACGAGGAGGCCCAGGCUGAGGACGCCGAGAAGGAGGAGGAAGAGGGUGAAGAGGGUGAGGAAGAUGAGGAGGAAGAGGAGGAGGAGGAAGAUGACGAAGAGGAGAUUGUCGACCCCAAGGAUACCCUCGAGGAAGAGUGCAAGCAGUCCAAGCAGUGCUCCGGCCCCAAGCACCACUUCGACGACUGCGUCGAGCGCGUCCAGCAGCAGGAGAGCGAGGGCGAGGCCAAGGAGGACUGCGUUGAGGAGUUCUUCCACCUUGCUCACUGCGCCACCGCCUGCGCCGCCCCCAAGCUGUGGUCCAAGCUGAAAUAA